AAAAAUAACGUGGCUCGGAUACAAAUUGCUUGUCGCUGGCAACUUUGUCUGCUCUUCGGCUAACAUGAAUAUCUUCCGACUUUUGGGAGAUCUUUCCCACCUUGCCGCACUUAUCAUAUUGUUACUCAAAAUAUAUUCUACUCGUUCAUGCAAGGGUCUCUCGGGCAAAACUCAAAUUAUGUUUGCGUUGGUGUUUACUGCUCGAUAUGUUGACUUGUUCGUAUACUACAUAUCUGCAUAUAACACAAUAAUGAAGAUUACAUUUAUUGUUUUAUCGUAUUUAACGGUCUACUGCAUGUAUUCUAAGUUCAAGACAACUCUAGAUACAAAUGAUCAUCUUUUUCGUCUUCCCUAUUUCGUAAUCCCAAUUGGUGGCCUCGCAUGUCUUGUCAACCACAAGUUUGAGUUUUUGGAGAUACUAUGGACAUUCUCUAUCUAUCUGGAAUCUGUUGCUAUUCUACCUCAAUUAUUCAUGAUCAGUAGUACAGGUGAAGCGGAAACAAUAACUGCGCAUUAUUUAUUCGCAUUGGGAUCUUAUCGUGCUUUAUAUUUGGUGAAUUGGAUAUAUCGUUAUUAUGUGGAAGAUGUGUAUGAUUUAGUAGCUAUUGUAUCUGGAUGUGUUCAAACAUUACUAUACAUUGAUUUCUUCUACCUUUAUGUGACUAGAGUACUCAAAGGUCGUCAAUUGAUUCUUCCAGUGUAAAAGGAAAACAAUAAUCAUGUUGUUGCAAUUCCGAAUGUGUCAUUCAUUCAUUCAUUCACUAGUUUUAUGUGUUUCACCACUUGUUUGUGUUAAGUGCCUAACUCUCUAAAUCUAAAUCUAUUCAUUACACUAUGCUUAUCUAUCAUUGAAUAGUAAGUAGUUCAUUGUAAUCUGAUGUUGUUUUGUUGUUUUCGGAAGCGUCUCAAUUGUGUUUUUCGUUUCUUUUCGGUUGUCUCUCUCUCUCUCUCCCUCCCUCCGUGUGUGUGUGUGUUAAUCCGCUAUCAUAGGCUUCAUUUUUCACGGUUUCAUAAGAAUAUUAUCUAAUAUGAAGCAUUUGAUGGGUUUUUAAAAAAAGCUAUAUAUAUAUUUAUGUGCUUUGCUUCCUUUUCUCUCUGGAAAUGUAAAAUACCCUGACUUCAAAUAUCUAUGUAUGUAAGUAUUUAUCCAUGACAAUUAUUCAUUGCCGGUUUUUCAUAUACGUUUGUCUAGUGAUGAUGCAAUUGAUUCUUAACUAUAACUCUUUAUAAGUAGUAUAUAUUUGGAAAUGAAAUCGAAAAAAGAAGUUUUUUUUCUCUGACUUUCUCUGUUUGUUUGCUCUUUACUUGGUUAUAUAUUUUGUAAACAUUUGAUUUUUGCUUUUUAUUUCUUGCCUCCUCGUAAUGAUUCUCAAUAAAAUUGGACAUCUAAUCUGUU